CUCGCCCAGGCGCAGCGCCUCACAGGGGACCGCCAUGGCUCCAUCUUCUCCUGUACCAGCUUUCUGGUGAAGCUGUUGAAGACUGGGCUGUGCAGUGAGAUCACCUUCACCCGCUUCGUGGUCUCCGGGCGGAAGCCGGGGCCGGACCCACAGCCGCGGCUGUCGGACGCUCGGCUCGGCCGGGUGCCGGUGAGAACCUACCGGCCCCGCGCGCCUCCUGCCGGCCUGCGGGCAGGCGUCACCUUCCUCCACGGCGGCGGCUGGCCGUGCGGCAGCAUCGGGGCACCACAGCGUUACGCAUACUGUGGGAACACUGCCUCUCCUCGGUAACCGUUUCCCCAGGAUCCCAGAUGGUCAGACAGAAUUCCAAGGGGAUAGUUUUAAUUUCUUCCUCCCCACACCAAUCUGCUAAUGCAGGGAGAGUGCAAAGAGACUCCAGGGUAUCGUUUAGCCCCUGAACACAAAUAUCCUGCUGCGUAUGAAGACUGUCUUAACGCCACCAUACAUUUCAUGAAGAAUGCAGAGCACUAUGGUGUGGAUCCUGCCAACAUAACUGUCUGUGGGGACAGUGCUGGGGGCAACCUGGCAGCUGCUGUUAGCCAGACCCUUGCAGGUAGAUCAGAGCUCCCCAGCCUGCGUGCCCAGGUCUUGAUCUACCCAGGCCUGCAGGCCCUGGACUUCAAUUUACCAUCCUAUCAGCAGAAUCGGGGAGUCCCUCCCUUAUUCCGAGAAUGUGCUGCUUUCUGUAUGUUACAGUACCUAGAUGGGCAUGCGCUUCAUAUGCAAGAGGUUUUGGAGGGCUCCCAUAUUCCUAUGGAUAUAAAAUUAAAUUAUGGGAAGUGGGUAAAUCCAGAUCACAUCCCCCAAAAAUUUAAGGUCAGAGGCUACAAACUUGACUGUUCAACUGAGAUUUAUGAGAUAGUGAAGAGAUUCUGUGAGCCCAACCAUGGAAUCAUAAGCCUCUAUGAUUACUGUGGUUUGUCAUUCCCAUCUAGGAAAAGGGGAUUGGGUAGAAUUGUUAAAUUCAUAAAAGGCCUGUGAAAACAACUUUCCUUUUUUGUACUUUUCCCACUAACUGUUUAGGUUCCCAGUCCUCUGGUAGCACUUGUCAGCAAAAAUCUGAUACCCUUUGAUGUGUAAGAAUACUUAUGUUCAUAUUCAUGAACUUCAGAUCUGGUCUUUGUCCUCGUGAGACUCUUGUCAGUUCAGUCUCUACAGCUUUAGUGUUUUCUACAUACUGUGUUUCAAUCUCUUUUCUUUCAAAUCAGUAUCUGUCUGAUUGAUUCCUUGUAUUUCAUUACCAAAUUACGUACUUCUAUAUGAAUAAUGUCCGCGGAAUGACUUGGAUUAAAUAACUCCUGUGAAUUGCA